AUGAUAAGGAAAGCUCUGAAAGCAGUUGAUGACAGCUACAGACUUCGACUGAGGCAAAGCCGAUUUCACGGUUGGCGUAUGGGGGUGCUACUUGGCACAUGCGUAUCCGCAUUCGUGCUUCUCUGCAACAUCGCUGUGGUGGUUGUAGGCAGUCAGACAGGAUCCGGAUACGACCGAGACGGCGUCGCUACGGUGAUGGAGGGCAACGAAGCGACCGUGUCCAGAUGGAACACAGUAUGCCACAUCUUCAUUAACGCCCUCAGCACUGUGCUUCUAUCGGCAAGCAACUACACAAUGCAAGUCUUGAACGCACCUACCCGGCAAGAGAUGGACCGGGCUCAUACAAGCGGGAAGUGGCUCGACAUCGGCCUUUUAAGCGUGCACAACCUUAGGAUCAUAUCCCUGAAGAGAGCAGCCCUUUGCUUGAUCUUGGCUGCCUCAUCACUCCCUUUACAUCUGUUUUACAAUGCUUCGAUAUUUAAGAUCAUCACUAUGAGCGACUAUGAGAUCGUACUGCUCGACAGGCAUUCCCCCGCGUGGAAUUACACCAGGUCUUUGAACCAAACAUCUCUUGUUGGUUUACGCAAUUCCGAGAACACAUCUGUCCGUCUCACCAAUAGUGAAUGGACGAGCAUCUACAAUGCGCCAGCGAUUACGCGAUACGGCGAUCUAUUUCUGCUUAUCGAUCAGAUCUCGUACAAGACGCGACCGGAUGUCACGCAGUUCAACUUCUCACUUUCUGAAUAUUUUCCACAACAUAUCUCAGGGCCUAAGCUUUUCAGUUCUUACAAGCCGUCUAGAGAAGGUUGGUCACCCUUUCUAGAAGGCCUAAAUUCGACGACUGCACCGCUACCGGAAAGCAUGCAUAUCGUGGAAGGUUGGACAACCGAAAGCGGUCGCAAUAGUCGCAUCCAGAUCAGCCUCUACUUCAUGGUGGUCGUGCUCUCUUUCAACUUUCUCAAGCUGACUGUCAUGGUUAGUGUGCUGAUGAUGGAGACUUCAGAAUAUAUUGUGACUUUAGGUGACGCCGCGGCUUCUUACCUGGAACGCCCAGAGGAUUUGACUGAAGGAAGAAGUGCGCUGGAGUUGGAUCAGAUGCUGCUAAGCUUCGACAAUGAAGAUGCUACGGAUUACAGCAAGGUCAUAUGGCAGCCACGGCUGCGACGCUAUUGUUCCUCAAUCGGCUACGACAAGACUUGGACCGCUAUCAUAGCGUAA